GAGACAACGACCCCUGCGGAUCAGCUGGAGCCAUGGCAAUCGACCACGCCAUGGGCGCUGAAGCUGGAUCCAGCGAGGCCACGGUCAGUCACCGAUGCGGCCAUUGCGGUGAGGACUUCGCUUCUCGAAAUGCACUCUUCAAGCACUUGGCGGCCAAGUGUGAUCCGCUGGCGGCCAAAGUGAAGGAAGGGAAGGAGCGAAUCCUUUUCACCUUGGGCUAUCUAGGCUCCAGGUACCGUUGCAGUGCGCUGCAGAACGAGCGCGAUGAAGAGGCCAUGAACAGUGUGGAGGGUGCGCUACUCUCCGCCUUGCCCGCGGCGGGUGGCCCGAGCCGCCCGAAUGUCCUGGGGGUAGCCCGCGCGGUGCGUACCGAUCGAGGGUGCCAUGCGGCGGAGAGCGCCAUCCUGCUCACCCUUCGGCCCUGUGUGCUGAACUCCGAGGAGCUCCGCCGAGCGCUGAGAAGCUCGGAGGUUCGUUUGCUGGGCCCUCCGCGCUCGCUGACGCUCAUGGAGAAGCCGGAGGCGAAUAUUUUCGGCAAAAUCUAUGCGCCCAGGCGUAAGAGCUUCACGGUUCACAUCCCCUACUUCGCCUUGAUCACCUCCUCCGAGCACGAACGUUGGUCCACUUCCGACCCUGCCACUGGAGGCGUAUGGUUUGGCCCCGUCCCAGAGGACUGUACCUCCGAGCGUGUCCAUGCGAUGCUGGCAGAGCAGCAGCUGGUGCCUCAUGAGGUGAUCCUGGAGCCCGGCCGGGGCCACGUCCAGGUGAAGAUGGCCGAGGGCGAGGCUCAAAAGGCCCUCACUCGCCUUCAAGGCCUCCGUUGGCAGAACCAGCUCCUCUCCGCCGCGCCGUUGAACGAGGCCUUGGCCAAGUUUGAAGUCCACCGUCGGGUGCGUCGGGCGCUGAAGGAGCUCAAGGGUGGUCCCAAUGCACGCAAAGGGCUCCGAUCCUACCACAACUUCAUGUCUCCAGCGCCAGCACCGGGGGAUGCCUCGGCGAUGCGAGCGUUGCUGCAUUGCUCGGCCAUGGGUUUGCAGAUGCAGCAGCGGAGAGGCAUUUGGACUUCAGAGGACUGGACCGCCGUGCACUUCUGUGCCACGGACUUCGGCCCACAGCAGGUCCGGCGCAUGGCUGGCGCCUUGGUGGCCACCAGCCGUGGGUCCGAAGCGAUGAGCUAUAUCGCCCGCUGCUUUGAGCCCAGCCCGAUGAACGUGCCAGCAGUGCCAGCCGAGACCAUCUCCUUGGACUCCUUCGAGCUUGGCCCCGUGGAGACGGACUGGCGCCCCGCGGCGCAGGUGGAUAUGAAGGAAGCAGCAGCGAUGAAGCAAGACAUCGAGCAGCGAGUCAGGACUGAAGCUCUUGAGCCCUGGAAGGACUUCCUCCGGUCCUUGGACCUGGGCGCCACGCGCCGCAGCGCCCAGCAGCGCUUGAGCUCCGCCGCUGAGCGGGGCGACGUCCUCGGCGCGCGUGCCGCCGUGGCGGACGGCGCGCGGGUGGACGGGCGGAACGAGUAUGGCCAAAGUGCGACCUUCUUAGCCGCCCUGACAGGAGCUGCAGAGCUGAUAUCCUUCUUAGCCUCUGAAAAUGCUGACCUGAACCUCUGUGACAACGCAGGGAUCUCUCCAUGGGAGGCGGCAGCUCUCCGUGGACACAGGGGUGUCUUAGAGGCCUUCAGCACCUGGGGCGCUACUGGCGCUGCUGACAGCGAAGAGAGGCGGACUCCGUCUACGUCGACCGCUGCGACGGAGGCGUCGUGUGCGCUGACAGUGAUCCCGAGGCAGUGCGAGCAUCCAGGUGCAGGCACCACCGUGGUGGACGAUGCUGUGGCAGAGGAGAUCCUGGAGCGCUUGGACGAGCUCUGGAGGCGCUUGCCCUUGGCUCCAAAGGAGAAGGCUUCACCCACGGAUCGCUGUUACUUCGAUGACGUCUCUGGCUGGCUCACCGGCGCCCUUGACCGGGCCAUCAGUGUUGCAGCCCUCCCCGACGCUUCGUCCGCCGUGUCGCGGGUGCGCUUCUUGAUUUAUCCUGAACCUGGAGGAUGUUUGCCUGCCCAUGUCGACCUGCCCAGAACCGACAAGAAGGGGCUGCGCACCACCUACACCUUCUUGUUGUACUUGAGUGAUUGCUCUUCUGGAGGUGAGACAACCUUCUUGGAAGCCCUGGAGAGUGACAGAGAGUUGGCUGCGUCGGGUGGCGUGAUGCCCGGGGAACGACGCACGCUGGCGAGGGUGAGUCCACGGCGGAACCGGCUGCUGCUGAUGCCUCACGCUUGCCCGCACUUGGCAGCGCCCAUCAUCCACGCCCCAAAGGUCUUGGUGCGCGGCGAGGUGCUGCCGCCGACCUGCAUGCCGCACUCCAGCGCGGUGACCGUUGCGCCAGAGCCGGUACAGCAGGACGCAUCGUCCCAGCUGGUGGAGCUCGGCGAUGGUGUGCACAGCUGCUGGCUAGAUGAAAAGAUCGAUUUCGAGCGGAGGACAAACGUGAGAUGUGUGUGGUUUUCAGCACAUAUUGGGUGAGGGGCAGGGGGCUUGGGCCUCGCCAAAAGUAGGCAGAAGAAUCGAGUGUAUGAAAUUGCCCGGAAAGGACAUCCCAAAGUUUGCACGGUAUAGCACCCUUGUUCACUUAAUGCCACCAUGCAUCCAAGGGUCGCCAAAGGUU